GGAGUACGGAGAAGCACUGCUCUGACAAGUUAAGACGGAGGAAACAGCAACCCAAAGAGCAGCCCCCGAAACAAAGUUGCUCAGACAAACAAGCCGAUGCAGACGAGCGCCAUGGCCCUGCUGGCGCGGAUCCUGAGAGCCGGGCUGCGGCCGGCGCCCGAGCGGGGUGGGCUCCUGGGCGGCGGGGCCCCGCGGCGGCCCCAACCCGCGGGCGCACGGCUCCCGGCGGGGGCGCGGGCCGAGGACAAAGGCGCCGGGCGGCCGGGGUCGCCGCCGGGCGGGGGCCGAGCCGAGGGUCCCCGGAGCCUCGCCGCCAUGCCGGGGCCGAGGACCCUCGCCAACCUGGCGGAGUUCUUCUGCAGGGACGGCUUCAGCCGCAUCCACGAGAUCCAGCAGAAGCACACACGGGAAUAUGGAAAAAUCUUCAAGUCUCACUUUGGUCCUCAGUUUGUAGUAUCUAUUGCAGACCGCGAUAUGGUGGCUCAGGUGCUCCGGGCGGAGGGCGCUGCGCCCCAGAGAGCCAACAUGGAGUCCUGGCGGGAGUACCGAGACUUGCGGGGGAGAGCCACCGGGCUCAUCUCGGCGGAGGGUGAACAGUGGCUGAAGAUGAGAAGCGUAUUGAGACAAAGAAUUCUGAAACCGAAAGAUGUGGCCAUUUAUUCUGGAGAAGUCAACCAAGUUAUUGCUGACUUAAUUAAAAGAAUCUACCUCCUCAGGAGCCAGGCAGAAGAUGGAGAAACCGUGACCAAUGUCAAUGAUCUUUUCUUCAAAUAUUCAAUGGAAGGAGUGGCCACCAUCCUUUAUGAGAGUCGUUUGGGCUGCCUGGAAAACAGCAUCCCACAGCUGACUGUGGAAUACAUCGAGGCCCUGGAGCUCAUGUUUAGCAUGUUCAAGACCUCCAUGUAUGCAGGCGCCAUCCCCAGAUGGCUUCGCCCCUUCAUCCCAAAGCCCUGGCGGGAAUUCUGCAGGUCCUGGGAUGGACUCUUCAAAUUCAGCCAAAUUCAUGUUGACAACAAAUUGAGGGACAUACAGUACCAAAUGGACCGAGGCCGGAGGGUGAGCGGGGGCCUUCUCACAUACCUCUUCCUUAGCCAGGCGCUGACGCUGCAGGAGAUCUACGCCAACGUGACUGAGAUGCUGCUGGCCGGCGUCGACACGACGUCCUUCACCUUGUCCUGGACGGUGUACCUCCUGGCAAGGCACCCAGAAGUGCAGCAGACGGUGUACCGGGAGAUUGUGAAGAAUUUAGGGGAAAGGCAUGUUCCAACUGCAGCUGAUGUCCCCAAGGUCCCGCUGGUCAGAGCUCUCCUUAAGGAAACCCUGAGGCUGUUUCCAGUGCUGCCAGGGAACGGCCGGGUCACCCAGGAAGACCUGGUUAUUGGCGGGUAUCUGAUUCCGAAAGGCACCCAGCUGGCCCUUUGCCACUAUGCCACAUCGUACCAGGAUGAGAACUUCCCUCGGGCCAAGGAGUUCCGGCCUGAGCGCUGGCUGCGGAAAGGAGACUUAGAUAGAGUUGACAAUUUUGGAUCCAUCCCCUUUGGUCAUGGGGUUCGCAGCUGCAUAGGGCGGAGAAUUGCAGAACUGGAGAUUCACCUCGUCGUGAUCCAGUUGCUUCAACAUUUUGAGAUCAAAACAUCUUCUCAGACCAAAGCUGUUCAUGCAAAAACCCACGGGCUCCUGACGCCAGGGGGGCCCAUCCACGUGCGAUUUGUUAACAGAAAGUAAGCCUAGAUUUUAAACCUGGGCUGAUGUAGCAGACCGGCUCGCCGACACACAGUGGGUAUUUGUGUGUCGCUGAUCACCGUGGAGAAGGAAAGCGAUGUCGCUAAAGGCUGUCUUGUUAUAGACUGGCCUCCCAGGUCCUGGGACACUUGUAAAUCUUUAUGCAAAGUAAUGUAAAAAGGUUGCUAUUUUACUGGUGCAUACCAGAAGUUGCCCUUUCUUUGGGGGAAACAGCUGUUUAAAAACCAGUGGCAGUGAAUUUUUAUGCUUCAUACAUUGUGCUAGACUCAAUAUUUAAUGACUGGCAGUAUCCUAUGCAUUUACUUGUACAGGGAAAUGGUGGUUUACUUACAAAUUCAGUUCUUCAAUAUAUGUUCUCUAAUACUGGCAUCUGGGCUCAAAUUGCCAUCAACAGUAAGUUGAAGGCAAUUUCAACUUACUGUUUCUAAUUUGAAGAGGGAACAUUAAGAAUGCCUCUGUAAUACUGUAAUUAUGGGAAGAAAGCACCAGAGGCAACAUUUUAUCCUGAGCACCAGAUUUAGAUCCUGUUAAAGGGCUCAAACUUAAAAGGGCUGGCCGGGUGCGGUGGCUCACGCCUGUAAUCCCAGCACUUUGGGAGGUCAAGGUGGGAGGAUUGCUUGAAUCAGAAGUUCGAGACCAGCCUGAGCAACAUGGUGAAACCCUGUCUCUACCAAAAAUACAAAAAUUAGCCAGGUGUGGUGGUGCACACCUAUGGUCCUAGUUACUCGGAAGACUGAGGCAGGAGGAUCGUUUGAGCUCAGGAGGUUGGGUCUGCAGUGAGCUAUGAUGGCACCACUGCACUUCAGCCUGGGCGACAGAGUGAGACCCUUUCUCAAAAAUAAAAUAAAAUAAAAUAAAAUAAAAUAAAAUGGCUGUAUUCUUACUUUUCUCUCCACAACGAGUGCUUAAUUUUCUAGUCAUAACGCCUAAUGAAGUUGACUAUUAGUUUUUAUUUGGAAGAAGUAAAAAAGAAAGCUCCUGGUGAAAUCAGGAAUAAUCAGAUUUUCUAACCAAAUUUAAAUACAGAGUAGAGCAAACGUAUAAGAACUGGAAAUAUGACGACGUAAAAUUUUGUUGCCUAAGUUGUGAGAAGUAAUAAAACAGGCAGCAUGGAAAACAAUGUAACUUUAGAACAUUUUUAUUUCAAGGGAAAAUAAAUACAUAAAUAGAGAUGCUACAGAUACAACAAUAUUUUUAUCUUGAUGGUGUUGUUUUAAAUAUCCACACAAGAACCCUCACCCAGCUGUGUGCCUGUGCCAGGCUCUCUGGGAAGCCGUGGCUCCGGGAGUGCUGGGUCCUGAGGAGUUCUGUUGCCUUUCCUGCUGCUCACCGGUUGCUAAGAGGAAACACCGUGAUUUCCUGAUGCUCUUGCCUUGUCAUCAUGCCUGAAACAGCUUAUUCCCAAUUCUGUAAUUCCUUUUACAUAAUCCUUCUCCAAAAAUUACUUUCUUACUAAUGUAGACCAUACAGUUUUUUUUCCAUUUAGUAAGUCACUCUGCAAAAUAACCCUUAAGUAAAUAGACAUAAUAUCCAUUUCACAUACCAUUUUUGUUAAAGUAUAUAAUAAAGUUGAAACCUCUGUGUGGUAGCAGAAUAACUCUAGUAUGAAUGCUGUAAAUGUACAGGUAAAUGUGAAAUUAGGUCAUAUUAACUGGCCAAGUGUUGGAUUGAUUACUUUGAGGUAGCAGUAUACGUAUAUUAAGUUUUAUAAACUAGAUGAAAUUGCAUUCUGUUUGAGACUGAAAUUUAAAAAUAUUGAGAAUAACUAAGCGACUUGAAGUGACCUCUUAUUCCCUGGGUAUAUAUACAGUGUGACCCUCUCGUGAAGUGUGGCUCUGCCUGGGGAUCAGCACAGGGUGAAUAGCAAAGUGCGGGCUGGGGGUAGCACCUGUGCCCGCUGCUCAGUCUCACUGAACAGG